AAACCUGGGUAUGGAUUGGGCGUGACGUCAUGGCCGUGUGCUGUAUUGCAUGGGGACUGUGAUAAACUGGCGCAGGUGUUAGCGACGCGAGCAUACCGCACACGCCGGCCCUACCUGACGCAACAACCCUGUCCCUGCUGCUCAGACGUCAGUCUUAAACGGAGUCCGUCUUACCGGACCGACCUAAGGACCCUCCCGCUGCCACUGCCACUGCCUCCCCGGCAACUCUGUCAGGGAGAUCCGCCGACCACUCUGCUCACUCGCGGAGAAAAUCGCCUUUACACCGCUCAGACACUGAGAACUUGUUAAUCCGACGCCAGUCUUCCAAUCCUGCAGACUUCUCUUAAACAGAAAUGGAGAACCACCACGAACCGCAACAACUGACAAUCCCAACAGUGGAGCCACAACCCCGGGAAGACACCGACCAGCUCCUCGUCGAUGUCGAGACGAUGGACGACAACGACACCGAAGAGGCAGUCUUCUCUCCCUCGGAGCCGUGCAGCUCUCCUCGCGAGGACGAGUCGGCCAGAGAGUCCGACAACGACGUCGUCCCGAGUCCGGCCGACUCGGCCACCGAGAACAACUCCGCCGAGGCCAACAACAUCGACGGGAAGUGUGUGAAGCCCACCUACCACCGCCGGCCCAAACCGCCGUUCUCCUACAUCGCCCUGAUCGCCAUGGCCAUCCGAGACUCGCCCAACAACCGGCUGACUCUGGCGGAAAUCAACGACUACCUGAUGAAGAAGUUCGAGUUCUUCCGUGGCCCCUACACCGGCUGGAGAAACUCCGUCCGGCACAACCUCAGUCUCAAUGAGUGCUUCACAAAGGUGCUUCGCGACCCGUCCCGUCCAUGGGGCAAGGACAACUACUGGACCAUCAACCCCAACUCCGAGUACACCUUUGCUGACGGGGUCUUCCGCCGCCGCAGAAAGAGGAUCAACCGCAAGUCGAGCCGUAAGGCUGCCGCCGCCCGCCUGGCGGAAGAGAAGGCGGAGGCCGAGAAGCGCUCGCCGAAACUCAACAGCAGCUUUUCCAUCGACGCCAUCCUCAGCAAACCGGACUUUAAGUACACGGACUCCCCGAAAACCAUCACAGCUGGCCAGCACCUACACCCGGCGUGGCAGAGUCUGAUCCCGAAGAGAAAUGGCGUUUGCGAGCCCGUCAAGCCGAUACCCUGCUCCGCGGCUCCUCACAUGGGGCUCGCGGCGCCCAACGCGAUCUACCCCGCCGGCGCGACCGUCCUACCGCUGUACCGGUACCAGAUGGAAGCGCUCCGCGGGGCUGGGCUCCAACACGCCGGCUUUCUCGCCCACCACGUCCCGGUAACGCUCCCGAUGACCACGGCGAACCUUCACACACCCUCGCCGCAACACAGGUACACUUUCAACGUUGCCACUUUGAACGCGUCCUAAAAACUCUAUGGACUCAGCACGACGCGACUUAUCGUAUUUCGACGCUUGUCAGAAGUUUUAAUUUCUGACAAAAGAACUCAAUGUAUGUCUCUGACAAUUGUUCCUCUUGAAAUGAAGUCUAAUUUGGUAACAAGAAUGUGAGGUGUAAAUAAUUUUGAUAGGUAUAGUGUCGACCAAGACCGGCGACCGCGGUUCUAUUUAUCGAACGUGCUGUCCCCCUCCUAAAUCACAAAGCCUGUAAUGUUGUUAGACCAAGCUGGAUUUGGUUUUGAUUAUUUUUGGAUUAAGAAAUCGUGUAGACCAGAACUAUUUACAUUAAUUGCCGUGUACUUACCUAUGAUUUGACGUAAAUCAUUUUAAAGGUAUACACAACAAGCUCAGGCAGCUUUUUUUAGUUUGUAUUGAAUGUGCGGUAGAAAUUGUUGUAUUUUGUCAUUAUUAUUAUCGUUACGACCACAACACAACUCAGUGUUAGGAAUGUCCGGUUUUCUAGACCUGGUUUUUAAUCUGAGAGUGCUCAACUCUCAAGUAGAUUGAAACUUAAGAUGAUAUGUUGAUGUGUAGAAGUGCUCUUUAGUAAAAUCUGUCUUUGUCGACCAUCAGGAUAUGAAUUAACAACAUACUCUAGUACUUUUUCGAUCGCGAUGUUGAAGCAAUUGUUUCAGUCGUUGUUCCCAGCCGAUCUCUUCUGUUCUAAACUUUAACGUCUAGAACCAAAAUGUCAUUGAUGCCAUGUAAUUAAGAUGCUGUAUAGGAAUACAGCAUUCUUCUGUGUUAUUCUGCUUGUAAAACAGACACGGGUACAGCCCUCUCUAGAGCGCGUUUCGCCGAAUGGCGUUUACGCAGAAAUUUUAGACGGCAAGGACAACUCAACGGUUUUGUCCUUUUCCACUGACAAAAAGUGCUCAAUUUUGAAGUACUGGAAACGAAAUAUCGACCUUUUGUAACAGUAGGACCCACUUGUAUGGAGUAUUCUGUGAUUGCAUGUCCUAGUAUAAUCGCUGCAGAAAAACUUGUUUUUCGUUUGAGGUAAUUCUAUCACGGCGGACAUGUCUUGCCGUGUGCGUGAACAAGUCUUUAGUGAAUGGGGUGACAGCAAGCGAAUCGGGCGAGCUCUUAGUGUAUUGUAGCCCGAAACUGCACCUGUACCACGGGUGACGCUUGUGUUUUCUUUAACACAUCAUUAUACAAUCUGUACAUUAGCACCAGACUCCUAUUUGAAAAAGAAUCUGUUUUUUUUACAAAACGUUAGUGUUUCUGUUCUCUCCUUUUUACCAGAAUUAUAGAGAGUGUUAAAGAAUGACAGUAGCUUACUUUUCCGUACUGUCGCUUGCACCAUUUGACUUGUAAACAUCCUGAGCGUAGCUACAACCUAGAUCGAAUAUCCCGAGUUUUUGUCCCGCCUGAAAUCAAACCGGUAUCGAAUAACUGAGUUAGAUAAACCAUGUUACUUCCAUUUUUCCUUACUGUUGAAAUAUUGAGAGAAGGCAAAUAUAGGGUGCGCCUGGAAUCUUUGUUUCGGACUCAGGCGUGUGUGUGUUAUUUGCCUGUAAGUGCGUCUGUGUGAGUCAGCAGUAAAACAGCACAGUCAGAGGAAGUAGGGUUCGCUGAUUCUUAACUGAACUACAGAAAAUAUUUCGUCAGAAUCUAUAUCGACGCACGCACGUAAAUUCCUGAGAAGACUGUCGACUUCGGAGUUAGAAAGUGGUUCGCGACAUUUUGAUUCGAAGCAUACUUUGAAAAAAAAGUUAUAUUAUAGCUUCACCGUCAAAUUUGCCUUUUGAAGUCCUAGCAAUAGCAAAUUUUUGUCCUUCGGGUACUUUUUUUUUAAACUCGACAAUUUUGUGAGCAUGAAAAGACUAAGUGCGGACACAUUCAUUGGACAGAAAUGAACUCAAACGUCACGUCUAUCAAACGUUCAUGAUUCUACGUGCACAAUUCAACAUCGACCCCAACACCAGCCCUAUAUCUAUGCAAUCUGUUCUCUUAUCUAUAGCAGAUUUAACGUUGUGUUACUCUAUAUCUAUAUUUGUGGCGUGCCUUACAUCAAUAUUAUAAACUCAUGAUAUGUAUUCCCUUGUUUGCUUGCGUGUAACAGAACGAAAAGUUCAUACCUGUUUCCAUUGCUUAUUCCACAAACUCUUUGUAAAUGCUAUCGCUCUGACAAGAACAUGCAGGGUCUUGAACAAUGUUGAUUGUAUUAUAUUAUCUUUGCAAUAUGAUUGUAUCAUUUGAUUGUAGUCUAUUGACUUGUGUUGUGCCAAACAAAAAACACGAUAACUUUGUGUUUUAUUUUUGUUUCACACAUAUCUUUGCACCACUCUUUUGUUGAAUCUCAUUGUUGAUCCGUUGAAAACUUUAUGUUUUGUUGUUUCUCUUGCCAUGUUUCUCGUAACGGUCCGGUCACUUCAGUCGCACGAUGGUCGUACAAUCGCUAACAUGGGGAAAUUUAUCUGGAUAUCCAUGCACGACUCCUGCAAAAUUCAGCCGUCUUGUUACAAAAAAGGCUGUCUUUGAUUCUUAAGGGCGGUUGGUUUUGUCACAGCCUGCCUGAAAAUUCUACAGCAUCAAACUCGCACAACGACCAACGACGAGUGUGACCGCACCGUUACGACCCACUGAGUUAGGCCUAGUCCGCCAGGCGACCUAGCCACACACACACGUGGGCAGCUCAGACCCAAAAUAAACCAUCCAUACACAAGUUCA